AUGGUCAAAGGCAGGGACGAGGUCGUCUCCGAGUUCAACGAGUACGUCAACAUGACGGCCGACGAGCUCGAGUCGUGGCUCAAGUCGGACGACUCCAACAGCGCCGGCUGGCCAAAGGACGACGCCGAGGGUGACGGCGAGACCGUCGGACACGACAGCGGGCGCAAGAUUGUCGAGAUCCUCCAGGCGAACCCCGACAAGAAGGAGGACGAGUACACGGACGACCAGGUCGAGCACAUGCGCAAGGUCGUGGCGUACUGCAAGCGCCACCUCGCGCAAGAGUCCAAGUCGAACAGCGAGAAGUCGACCGAGGACGUGAAGAAGACCAAGUCUUAUGCGUCGCUGAAGAACUGGGGCCACGAUAUCCUCAAGGCCCAGGGCAAGGAGGGCGGCGCAGAGAAGUCGAACGGGAAGUCAUCCAAUGAGAAGGAGGAGGAGGAGGAGGAGGCAGUAGAAGAAGAGAAUGGAGAGGAGAACGGAGAGGAAGAGGAGAAUGCAGAGGAAGAGGAGGAGGUGAAGGAUGCUGAGGAGGUCGAUGACGGCGAGAAGGAGGAGACCGACGACAAGGUCGAAGAAAAGGCCGGCGAGAAGCGCAAACACGCCGACAACGACGAGAACGGGACCAGCAAGAAGCUCCAGACGCGCCAGGGAGAGGGCCAGGCGGCCGAAAAGUCGGAAGAGAACGGGGACGAGGAGGAGGAAGAGGCGGCGGACGAGGGCGGCGACGGCCAGGAGACCACCAAGGGGCCCGAGAAGGGCGAUACCGUCAGCUGGAACUGGGGCAACGGGCAGCCCGAGGGCAAGGUGCUGGACGUCAAGGGCGAGAAGACGACCAUCGAGACCAAGAGCGGGAACGAGGUGUCUCGCGAUGGAAAGCCCGACGACCCGGCCGUGGUGCUGGACGCCGGCAAGUCGAAGGCCAUCAAGCUGGCACACGAGCUGAACGAGUCAUGA